AUGCCUCCCAGAGCAUCUCUAACGCUGUCAGAAAUAGCCGCCCACAAGCGGAACAGCAAAACAAAGGCCAAGGCGAGUCAAGAAUCUGGUGGUGAAAAUCAAGGCGAUACAGAUAAACCAUUGCAACGGUUGUUGAAGAUAAAGGCCUUAGAGCGGAAAGUUUGGAAUGAGACAAUGGCCAACAGUCGUAAGCGCGCACCCACAAUUUAUGCGAUAUUGAAGGAUUGGAGUAGCGGCAACCCACCUUCAAAUGCGCAAGUCAAAUCAUUCAAUGCCUCCUCCCAUGUCAGUGUUUACAAGGCUCACCAAGCGACUCUCAACCGCAUCUUCAAUGGUAGUAUAAAGAAGUACCAUGCACUGAUGGCACGGCUUUACAAGGCAGUCAGUGCAAUCGAGAACUCGGCGUCCACUGCCUCAUCAAGCACUUGCGACUAUCAGCAUCCACUGCCUCAUCAAGCACUUGCGACUAUCUCGAUCUCGAUGCAAUGGUCGAAGAAUAAAUCAAGCUAUGAAUAUGGCACCGAGUCAGAAUAUGGCACCGAGUCAGUUGCUUCUCAGUUUGCUGAUAUUUUCUUUUCUUUUCACAUCUUUUGA